UUAUCUGUAUCUGUGUAUCUGUGAAGGAUUAUCUUGGGCCGCUGGAGAUACCAUCAACCUACCUACCUUAUUCUUCUUUUUCUUAUAUCAUUGAUAUUUCGAUUUAUUGUAUGGAUUUUUAUAUACGUAUGAGUGAGAUCUUUAUCCUUUUUUUUUUUUUUCUUCUUCUUCUUCUUAUAUCAAUUCACGUUCCUUUGAUCAAUCUUCUUUGAUGACACAUUUACUGAUUAAGGAUUCUCUAAACUUAAGUUCAUUUCCAAGUGACAAAUUUAUGUUUAGCAUGUGUACAUAAGAGUCCUGUAAAUUAUAAGAACAUGUACACACACACAUGUAUACGUGCAUCAUAAUGGUUGAAGAAGGUCAAAGGUGUGAAGUCCAAUACUGAGGUGUGUUUAUCCAUCCAAUAGGAUCUCCCAGAUUAAAAAGAACAAAACAGUAGCAUAUAUAUAUAUAUAUAUAUACACACACACAGCAAGUUCCCGGCCGCAUUAUAAUGAUUUAAAGUAUGGCGUCAACCAUCGCAGCAGCUGAAUGGCAUCCACGGGUUGCUUGUAGAACCAGAAGACAUGGCCCUGUUUGCGAACCGUUUGAUGCCUUGCCUCCUCACAUCCCCCUUCCUUUCUUUUUUAUUUUCUUCUUCUUUUGGCUUUCUAGCCCCUCUAUAGAAGCACCACCACUCUUUUGUCUCGCCUCCUCCAUGAUCCAUCCUCCAGUUCCUUGCUCCGCCUCACCAUGCACGGUGAGAACCGAGCAGGCCACUCGUCUCACCACCAGCCGGCGCAGGGGCAGCCCCAGCAGCCGCAGACUGCCAAGCUCAUCAUCCGGCCGCAAGCGUCGCCCCCGACUCACCCUGUCGCAUGGUUCGCGGCGGCGUUCUGCACUUUGCUCUGGGUCGCCAUCAUCCUCGGCGGGCUCGCCGUCCUCAUCAUCUACCUCGUCUUCCGGCCGAGGAAUCCCCGGCUCGAGAUCUCCAGCGUCACCCUCAACGGUGCCUACAUCGACGUCGGCACCCUCAACGCCGACCUGACCAUCCUCGCCAACUUCUCCAACCCCAACGAGAAGGUGUACGUGAGCUUCAGCUACAUGCAGCUCGACCUGUAUUACCAAGGCACCAUGAUCGCGACGCAGGCCGUGGAGCCGUUCGAGGAGGGGAGGGGGGAGUCGGUGCUGCGGACCGUGCACAUGAUAUCGAGCCAGGUGCCGCUGCCGGGGAAGGUGGCCGACGCGUUGCGGGGCGGAAAGAUGGGGGAAGGGUUGUCCCUGGAGUUGGUCGGCUCGUUCCGCACCAGAUUGGAUCUGGGGAGCUGGUUGCACUACACGUACUGGCUGCAUGGCCGCUGCGACAUCUUCGUCGGGGGCCCGCCAAACGGGGCGCUGCAGUCCAGUAGGUGCACCACCAAGCACUGAUGCGGAGAGCACCGCCGUCUCUUUAUUACUCCCGCCCCCGCCGCCGCCUUUUAUUUCUUCUACUAAUCUUCCUUAUUUCUGAAACGUGUUUUCUUUUACACAAUACGACUCUCUCGGACGCUCGUUUACUUGCAUUAUCAAUCCAAUACUCCUUUUUUC